AUGCAGCAGGGUAUGAUCUGCUGGGAGAGGGCGCUGUGCAAUGCUCCUGCACCUGUGGCUGGUGCUGUGCCGUUGGCGGAUGUUGAGUGGCCGAUCAUACAAAUAUUGCGACACCACGAGGAGAGCAGGCUAAACACCCACGUGGAGGGAGCGUUGCGGUCGAUGAUGAGGACUCUGUGCGACGGUGAUGGACGUUCUUUCGACGACGGAUUGACGGUUCGUCUAUUUGAUGGAGUCGGUGCGCAUGCUGUGUGUAUGGCCGCCUCUGUGGUCUCCUGUUACUCCGCUGCGUGGGCCGCAUUCUGA